AUGACUGGACAAUUAUCUGUCGAGGACGCCAUCAACCGGCUUCAUUCUACCAAAGAGAGAUCAAUAGAGAUCGUCUUUCGCAGCGAUAACUUCUGGCCGUUCAAAAAUCAUAUGGGCCCCACACCUGCGGAUGAUCAGGAGGACGUGAUCAUCUCCGUCUUCGACUCAUCAUUCAACCCUCCUACCCUCGCCCAUCUCUCUAUUGCACUCCUUUGCCGGCCUGAUUCUACCUUUCCAUUCGAUGCGCACUUGCUUCUGUUGUCCGUCACAAAUGCGGAUAAGAAACUGACACCAACGGACGCGACGUACGUCCAGCGCGUGGAGAUGAUGAUUCUGCUUGCCCACGACAUGAUGGCGUCGCAGCCAGGAAUUCGGGUUGCUGUCGGCAUCAUUGACGAGCCGACGUUUGUUGGAAAGUGUCGCGUCAUCCAACAGACAUUUGGAAAGGAGUCCGGCAAGUCUACGAAGGAUAUACGGAUGUGGUUUGGCAUAGGAUGGGAUACACUUCUGCGUCUGUUUGCUCCUCGAUACUACGGAGGUAUGGAUGCAAUGGAGGACCAGCUCGAGGAAUUCUUCGACAGAGAUGGGAGCGGUGUAAUCUGCGCACGGCGAGGAGACGGAACGAAAGAUGAAGAGAAAGUCUUCUUGGCAACGGACGUCGUGAAGAGAUGGGUGGAUGAUGGCAAGGUUGUCAUGGUCGACAUUGGCACCUAUGGGGGAUACAGUUCAACAUCAAUCCGAGAUGCAAUCGCCAAUGGAGAAGAUGGUUGGCGCUCUAUGUGCACCAGCAGCAUUGCGGACUAUGUACGAGAUGCUGCAUUAUACGGUAAAGUUUAA